AUAACUUUUAAAAAAAAGACUCCACCACGUGGCCACAACAAAUACAACAAGAAUUUUACUUGUUAAAUAAUCUAGAUUAUAAAUAUGCCAGUUCUCGGAAUUGAUUUGGGUUCUCAAAAUUGUGUAGUUGGUAUUGCAAAGAAAGGUUCUAUUGAUAUUGUUACCAAUGAAUUCUCCCGAAGAUAUACACCAGUCUAUGUUUCCUUCUCGGAAAAUGAAAGAUUGAUUGGAGAAAGUGGUAUGGGUGCACAAAUCAGUCACUAUCAAAGAACCAUUUCACUUAUUAAACGAUUCAUUGGAUUAAAAUAUAGUCAACUUACACCAGAAGUUCUCCAUGCUAAUAUUUCUGUUCCAAUUUUCCAAGGCCCAAAUGAUGAAAUUCUAUUCAAGAUUGAUGGUUAUAAGCUCCAUGAUAACGAUGCUGAAUCCAAACUUCUUAGCCCAGUUCAGUUAUUAGGUAUGCUGUUUGGUAAAAUUGUAGAUGAUGUUGAAAGCUCUGUUGGAUUCCGUGAAUCCGAUUGUGUUAUUACCGUACCUUGCUACUUUAAUGAAAUUCAAAGACGUGAUGUGGUCAAAGCAGCUGAAAUUGCUGGUUUGAAUGUUAUUCGUGUUAUGCACGAUGUCACUGCUGCUGCUUUGGGUUAUGGCAUCUAUAAGGAUUUCCCUGAGGAAGCUCAAAACAUUGCCUUUGUUGAUGUUGGUCACCUUGAUACUUCCGUCUACAUUAUUGAAUUCAAAAAGUCACAACUUCGUGUCUUAUCUUGUGCUAGUGAUCCAAACUUGGGAGCUUAUGCACUUGAAAAGGCUUUGUAUGACCACUACGUUGAAGAAAUCAAGACCAAAUACAAGAUGGAUGUUACUACAAAUCCUAAGGCAGUUAUUCGUUUGGCAAGAGAAUGUGAAAAAUUGAAGAAAUUCUUGAGUUCUAAUCCAGUUUCUAAUUUGAGAAUUGAAUGUUUGAUGAAUGAAAAGGAUAUUCAAUUCCAAAUUAAGAGAGACGAAUACAUUCAAUUGGUUCAACCAGUCUUAUCUAGAUUUGAAGCUCCAGUUAAAAGAGCUUUGGAAUCAGCUGGUAUUACAGCUGAACAAUUGACAACUGUUGAAUUGUUGGGUGGUGCUUCAUAUAUUCCAGUUAUUAGAGAAACAUUGGCAAAGAUUAUCGGAAAGGAAGUACAAUCCACUUUAAACACAACUGAAAGUGUUGCUAAGGGAGCUGCUAUUCAAGCUGCCAUGAUUAGUCCAAAGUUUACUCUUGCUCGUGAAUUUAAUGUUAUUGAUUCAAUUUAUCAUGGUGUCAAUUUGGGAUGGGUUGCCAAUCCAGAAAGUGAUGACAAAAUGGUCGAUGAUGAUGAAGCAUCUGUUCUCUCUUCAUUGAAACAAUCAACACUUUUCAAACAAUUUGAAGGUACUCCUUCAUCCAAGAUGCUUACUUUUAACAAGUCUAAGACAUUUGAUUUGUUUACAGUCUACUCUGAUCCUUCCCUUCUUCCAGCUGGUACUAGUAGUAUUAUGGGUAAAUUCACAAUUACUGACAUUCCACAAAGAAAUGAACCAUUGAAGAUUAAGAUCAAGAUGAGACACAACAUGUUGGGUUUAGUUGAAGUUCAAGAAGCUACUGCCUCUGAAGAAAUUGAAGUUGAAGAAGAAGAACCAAUUCCAAAAGAAGAAUUGGAACAAAACAAGAUGGAUACAACUGAAGAAGUAUCUCAAGAAAAGCCUGCUGAAGAAAAGAAGGAUGAAAAACCAAAAACAAGACUUGUCAAGAAGAAGAAGACUAUUAAACACAACUUGAAGGUCCUCACCACAGUUCCAGGUAUCACUACAGAGCUUUUCAAUCAAUACUUGAAUGUUGAACAAUCAAUGAGAAAUCGUGACAAGGACGUUCGUACUACUGCUGAAGCAAAGAAUAACGUUGAAAGUUUCUGUUAUAAUAUGAAGGAAAGACUUUAUGAAGGUGGUGAUCUCUAUGAAUUUAUUAAUGAUCAAGAUAGAGAUAACUUUAUCCUCACAUUGGAUGAUACUGAAUCAUGGUUAUAUGGUGAUGGUGAAAACACAACAAAGACUGUCUAUCAAGAAAAACUUGCUGAACUCAAGAAGGUUGGUGAUAGAGUUGAAAAUAGGUUGAAGGAAUUCGAAGCUAGACCAGAAGGCAUUAAACAAUUACAAGAAACAAUCAAGGAAUUCCAAACCUUUGUAGAUAAUGCCAAUACUGAACAAUACAACCAUAUUACCAAUGAAGAAAAACAAAAAGUUGCUGAUAAGGUAUCCGAAACAAAUACUUGGUUGAAUGAACAACUUGCUCAACAAGAUAAGGUUGCCAAGUCUUCUGACCCAAUUUUAACAUGUGCUUUCAUUGAAAAUCGUAAGAAGGAUUUAAGAAAGGUUGCCACUCCAAUUGUCACAAAGCCAAAACCAAAAGAAGAACCAAAGAAGGAAGAAAAGCCAACUGAACAAAAACAAGAACCAGAACAAAACAAAAAGAUGGACGAAACACAAUAAAUAGUUUUUGUUUGAA